AUGAAAGUUCAGGCUGUUCUUCAAAGCCUAAAUAUAGUAUUGCGACAUUACUCAAAAAGCGUUAGUAAUUUUGACUUACCAGAAUUAUUACUAGAAUUUAAUAUUGGCGAUUUGUCAAAGAUGCAAUUAGAAGAAUUAAAUUAUCAAAUCACUUCUGAAGAACUAGAUAAAGCAAAUAUGUUAAACGAUAAUCAGCAUAAAAUAUUCAAUGAG